CGCGCGGAGCGGAGCGGAGCGGAGCCCGGCCAUGGAGCAGCACCUGCGCCGGCUGCGGCAGGAGCUGUUAUCCAUGAAGGAGGUUGGGGACGGGCUGCACGAGCAGAUGAACUGCAUGAUGGGGGCACUGCAGGAGCUGAAACUCCUCCAGGUCCAGACGGCGUUGGAACAGUUGGAGAUAUCAGGGAGUCGAAACACAGUUCCUGGCAUCGAGCAGCACCAGUGCUCCCGCAGCGGCGGGGAGGUGCUGCGCGCGGGGCUGGAGGCCGGCCGGCCGAACGAGCGCUCGCGGGGGGAGGCACUGGCGGACGAAUGCAGCCCCACGUCCUUCGCGGCCUCCGCACCAGCGCCGCGGUCUGCCGGCUCGCUGGGGCCUGCCGCUCUCCCUGAGGGCGGCCGCCUUAGAGACACCAUCUCCUCCUCCCAAAGUAUCUGCACUGAAGACAUUUAUCGCACUAAUGGCCCUUCCUCAACUUGGAGCAGAGCUGAGCGCUUCCCUGCAGGGACGCCAGAGCCGGGCAGCGGGGGCAUGGCCAGGAGUCAGCCUUGCAGAGCUGCCACCAGCGCCUGCCGGGGCAGGGCUGCCGGGACACUGGGACGGGGGGAUUGCCAGGGGUGUGAUGAUGGCAAUGACUGGACCUCCUCGCUGAUGUCCCAGAGCAGGAACCGGCAACCUCUGAUCCUGGGAGACAACAUCUUUGCAGACUUGGUUGGGAACUGGCUGGAUCUGCCUGAGCUGGAUAAAAAGGGAGAAAAAAGUGAAGCAUCCCUGUCUGUUAGCAGAUCCCAGGAGCUCUACAGGAAAUUUUCCCUCACUGCCAACAUCUUCAAGAAGUUUUUGAGGAGUGUUCGACCAGACCGAGAUAGGCUUCUCAAGGAGAAACCUUGCUGGCUACCACCUGAAGACAAACAGCCUGAAAUUUCAAAGAGACCCAAAAAAUUGAACAAACUCAAGGGGACAUUUUACUUUCCGCUUCAUGGGAACACACAGAACAAUCACAGCAAAGUCGAGAGGUGCCCAAAGGUGGACAGCACUAGCAACAAACCCAAAACUGGCACCAAGAAAGUCCAUGAUACCAUCGACUACCCCCAGUCUGGCUUCGAUAUUAACACAGCUGUAUGGGUCUGAGUUGGGCAGUGCCCACUGCUCUGCCAAACACUUCUAUUUCAUGCUGGAAAUGAGCUGGAGGCCACGCACCGCUCUUCAGGACUCCCCCAAGCUCUUGACCUGGACUGAGGUCUUCCUGUGAAACAUGCUGUGGGCAUCGGCUGCCUGCAAGCAGUGUUUUUCCGGAGAACAGCACCUCGGGGGCAGUCGGAGCAGCUGCUGGCAGCCCCGGCUGUAGGGGCUGGCUGGGCUGAUGCUUGCAAAAAUCACCAGCAUCUUUGGCAGCUUUUAGGGCCUUGGUGCUACCAGCUGUGAGCUGCAGCACAUAAAAUUCACUGUGUGUGCGUGUGUGUGUAUGUGUGUUCAGAUAUAUAUAUAUAUAUAUAAUUUUUUAAAACAUAUUCCUACUGAUGUGCACUUAAAAUUGGAUUACAAAACAGGCAAUUCAGAUAUUGACCUUGAAGCACUUGUUAUUUAAAUUGAAAGAAAAACAAAUACAAAUUUAUAAGACUGCAGUACUUGAAUGAUUGCUAAUUGCAGGUGUUGAACCCCAGUUUUGUUGAAUUUCAGCUAUUCUUCUUUUUGCUAAACUGCCUCUCCGUUGCGCUGACAGCACCCCUCCUUCCCCAAGCUGGUCCACACCUGGAGCAUAACGCUCCUUUCACUGAAUUUUGUGAUAUUCAGAAAUUCCCUGCCGGUUUGGCUUCCCCCUUCCAUGGCCUGAACCCCAGAUGUCGCACUGAGACAUGAAGCUGCAACAGACCUUUAUCGUUGUUGUUUCUUGUAUGCUGUUGUGUACAAAUUUAGUCUUGAAAGAACAAAGUUCUUCAGUGUUGAGCUCUCUAAGAGUUGCAAAUAAAGUGACGUCAGU